AUGGCUGCUGCUGGAACGGGGGCCUCCGGCUCCUCAGGAACCCCCACUCAGACCCCCCCGGACUCCACUGCAGGUGAGGGUCUCUACCUCCACCACCAUUUCACCUCAAAACACCUAUCACUCACCCAGCAUAGAGUUUGGCUGUAGUCUCAAAGAAAUUAGACUCAAAACCCUAAAAGCUGGACAGUUAUUAUCACAUGCAACUCAUACAUGUUCAUAUGUGGUCAUGUGUGAUUACAUGAUGAAAUUGAGAGAAAAUUCAACUGACAAAAUUGUCCAUUCUCUCAUUUAUGCUUCUUGAACCCCAUGGUCAGGGUCCUCUCCCUCCCAUCCCCCCAACAUAUCCAGCCCUGUGGGUUCAGGAAGCAGUUUUGCUACCGCCACGACCAGCACACAGGGAGGGAUGGUGUCUACAACCACGGCUGAGACUACAACAACAACAACGACGACGACCACAACUCCUCCCAGGAGCUUUACUGUAUGACAGAAAGAGUUUUCCAUAAAAAGACUUGUCAGCCUGAUUCAAAACAAUCUUCUGAAUCAUAACGCACACAAAUAUGACCUUAACUUUGUGUUUGUUCCUGCUUUUUACAGUUUAGCAUGUCCAAAAUAAAUGAAGAGGUAAGGAUUUCUCCUUUCUACUGUCCUCCUAGAUUUGAUUACAAGUUUAGGUCUGCAUUUACAUUCGAUGUCAAAUGACAAAUGUAAUGACAAAUCCUCAGCUGCAGUUAGAUCCAUCUUACAGAGCGGGUCACAAAGACCAGGACGGUGAAAGACUGCUCAGACCUCUACCCUUCCCCUGGUCCUAUAGAUGGGUUAGCUGACAACGUCGCGAAAACAAUGUGCACGCUUCAAUGGGGCAGAAAUCUGUGUGUUGUUGUGGUUCUGGAUGGCCAGGUGACUAGUAACAAUGACAAGAAGCUGCCAUGUGGGGAAUCGGAGGUGGCUCAUUUGAGCUCGUAUCUUGUUAUUGAUACCAUGUCUCUGUUUUGAGGUGUUUUGACUGAUAUAAUUUAACCAACAACUAACAAUAUAUUUGAGAGACAACAAGUGCUCAUUGGGCAAAUAUAUUUAUGUUUUCAAUAAACAUUGGAGACUAAAUAUAGUUGACAUGUUGUCAACAAUCUAAGAUAACCCCGUCUGUUUUGCCACAUAGUUGCGAAUGCGUCGGUUUUGUUUCUAAACAACCAACCGGUCUAUUCUCAACACAGAGCGACACUCUUCUCUGUUUCCAAAGCCAGGACAGGAAGUAGUGGAAGUAGUGCAUCAUGGUAUAAAAAAGGAUUCUGCAAGCAUUGGGUAGAAAAAGUCUCUUAGUGGGAAACCUGCUUUCCCACACCUCUCUCGCGUUCUCCCUCACUCUCAUUCUCCCCUCGCUUUCUGACUAUGAACAGCUGCUCUGCUUCAGAAAGGCCAAGAAUAACUGACACCUCACUGCACCGGAAACGCUGACGUCCCUCCUUUGACCUUUCCCUCAACUCACCACAACCAGCAUUGUAGUGAUUGCUGUAAUGAUGUCAUGGUGAAAUGACAUCAGUUCAGCAAUUGCCACUCUCGUUAGAUAGAUUGAGAUUCACUAAACAAGGCAUGUUGAUUGUUUUUUGUCCUGUUCAUAAACUAUGGAAAACAUUUGUUGCAACCGACUAGAAAAAGUUGAAAACUAAUGAAAGGCUUGAUGGAGUCUUAAAAACGUGUUUGUUUUCUCUGAUCAGAAUCAUGAGAGGAAGGACCUGGAGACGCUAUGUCGACAGCUGAUGUCUCAGAUGCACGAUGCUAACUGUACUCUGAAUGUGAGGGAGAACAACGGACACACUACCGUUGACAGCGUAGUAAUGACCGGCAAAGGUAUGUACACUACCCAGUACCCACCAUUCAGAUGCUUCCAAGGUAAUUCAAUCGAUCACACCUAACGCACCCAAUUUCCUAAUGCUAGUCUUGGUUGUAAGAGUUGUGUUUUUAAAGACAGACUAUUUGAGAGGGUUUGAGCCAAUUGCUGUCAAGGUCAAGUACCAGAAGUGAACUGUUGUAAAUGAAAGUUUACUUACAUUUUUUUCAGUGGACAACUCUGUCGUCCAGCAAUACUACGAGGAAAUCACCAGAGUAAGUCUAAUUAACAUUGUGAACUACAUAUCUCCCUGAAUGUCAUCCUAAGCUGGCUAAUGGAGAAAAUGUAAAAGGUUGUAUUUGGAGGGAGGCUUGUCAACAGAGUCGAUCUUUAUUUACCUCUUCCUCUGUUCUGUCAGAAACCAAGUGACAACAUGACCCUGAUUGCCAUCUUGGCGUCCUGCGGAGCUCUGCUGGCCAUGAUUGUAGGCUUCGCCAUCUACGCCUCAUACCACCGCAAGUCCUAUCGGAAGAACCACCAAGUAAACAGUUAGAAAAUCAAACCCGAAAAUCAAACUACUCUACAAUCAAUAAUGUCUGUCUGUGCCAUGUCCACAUUCUUCCUAAUGUACUUACUAAACAUAGUUGAACUAUUCUUUCGGAGGGUCCUCAACGAAAUCUCCCCUUACAGUGCAUUCGGAAAGUAUUCAGACCCCUCGACUUUUCCUACAUUUUGUUACAUUACAUCCUUAUUCUAAAAUGGAUUAAAUUGUUUUUUUUACAAACAUAUUUUUUUUGAAAUAUCACAUUUACAUAAGUAUUCAGACCCUUUACUCAGUACUUUGUUGAAGCACCUUUGGCAGCGAUUACAGCCUUGAGUCUUCUUAGGUAUGACGCUACAAGCUUGGCACACCUGUAUUUGGGGAGUGUCUCCCAUUCUUCUCUGCAUAUCCUCUCAAGCUCUGUCAGGUUGGAUGGGGAGUGUUGCUGCACAGCUAUUUUCAGGUCUCUCCAGAGAUGUUUGAUUGGGUUCAAGUCCCGGCUCUGGCUGGGCCACUCAAGGACAUUCAGAGACUUGUCCCGAAGCCACUCCUGGCUGUUUGCUUAGGGUCGUUGUCCUUCGCCCCAGUCUGAGAUCCUGAGCGCUCUGGAGCAGGUUUUCAUCAAGGACCUCUCUGUACUUUGCUCCGUUCAUCUUUCCCUCGAUCCUGACAAGUCUCCCUGCCGGUGAAAAACAUACCCACAGCAUGAUGCUGCCUCCACCAUGCUUCACCGUAGGGAUAGUGCCAGGUUUCCUCCAGACAUGACGCUUGGCAUUGACGCUUGGUUUCAUCAGACCAGAGAAUAUUGUUUUUCAUGGUCUGAGUCCUUUAUGUGCCCUUUGGCAAAUCCAAGCGGGCUGUCAUGAGCCUUUUUCUGAGGAGUGGCUUCCGUCUGGCCACUCUACCAUAAAGGCCUGAUUGGUGGAGUGCUGCAGAGAUGGUUGUCCUUCUGGAGGGUUCUCCCAUCUCCACAGAGGAACUCUGGAGCUCUAAGUGUGACCAUCGGGUUCUUGGUCACCUCCCUGACCAAGGCCCUUCUCCCCCGAUUACUCAGUUUGGCCGGGCAGCCAGCUCUAGGAAGACUCUUGGUGGUUCCAAACUUCUUCCAUUUAAGAAUGAUGGGGGUCACUGUGUUCUUGGGGACCUUCAAUGCUGCAGACAUUUUUUGGUACCCUUCCCCAGAUCUGUGCCUCAACACAAUCCUGUCUCGGAGCUCUACGGACAAUUCCUUCGACCUCAUGGCUUGGUUUUUGCUCUGACAUGCACUGUCAACUGUGGGACCUUAUAUAGACAGGUGUGUGCCUUUCAUGUCCAAUGAAUUGAAUUUACCCCAGGUGGACUCCAAUCAAGUUGUAGAAAUAUCUCAAGGAUGAUCAAUGGAAACAGGAUGCACCAGAGCUCAAUUUCGAGUCUCAUUUCAAAGGGUCUGAAUACUUAUGUAAAUAAGGUAUCUUUUUUAUUUUUAAUACAUUUGCAAAAAUGUCUAAAAUCCUGUUUUCGCUUUGUCAUUAUGGGGUAUUUAAAAAAAAAAUCAUUUUAGAAUAAGUCUAACAUAACAAAAUGUGGAAAAGGUCAACGGGUCUGAAUACUUUCCGAAUGCACUGUAUCUUUUCUCAACAGCAACACCUGACAGAGGAGCUGCAGACGGUGGAGAGUGGUUACCAUGACAACCCCACGUUGGAGGUGAUGGAGGUGCCGCCGGAGAUGCAGGAGAAGAAGGUGGCCCUGAAUGGAGAGUUCAACGACAGCUGGAUUGUCCCCAUCGACAACCUGCUCAAAAUGGACAUGCCAGACGAGGAGGACACUCACCUGUAG